AGUAAUGUAUUCUUGAGCAGAUCCGUCGAUCCGUCGUCCGUGAAUUCCGUCAUGUCAAUCGGAAGAUAGCAUUUUUUGUGCAUUCCGUAAAAUUCACGUGGCAUAUAACGUGCCGUUGUAAAUAUCACGUGGCUCGUUUGUGACGAAUUUAAUCCCCCCCUCCCCCCAGUUUUCACGGAACGGCGUUAAAUCUAAAAGCGGAUUAGCUUACCUUUGAGGUUAGAAUUCCAGUCUCAUCACAACGGGGGCCGAACAGUCAACCAUGUCCGUCUCUCAGAUGGAAAAGAACCUGUUCAAUUUGAAGUUUGCGGUGAAGGAGUUGGAGAGAAAUUCUAAGAAAUGCGAGAAGGAGGAGAAGAUGGAGAAGACGAAGAUCAAGAAGGCGAUACAGAAGGGUAACAUGGAAGGCGCACGCAUCCACGCGGAGAAUGCAAUUCGGCAGAAGAAUCAGGCCUUGAAUUAUCUCAGAAUGAGCGCCAGGGUGGACGCGGUGGCCAGUAGAGUGCAGACCGCGUUGACAACUCGCAAAGUUACCCAGUCGAUGGCCGGCGUUGUCAAAGCUAUGGACGCCGCGAUGAAAUCGAUGAACCUCGAGAAGAUCUCCGGGCUCAUGGACAAGUUUGAGAGCCAGUUUGAGGAUCUGGAUGUGCAAAGCUCGUACAUGGAGAAUGCCAUGUCGCAAACCACAACCACUAAUGUACCGCAGAACGACGUGGAUUCUCUGAUGCAGCAGGUUGCGGAUGAAGCUGGAUUGGAAUUGAACAUGGAACUUCCGUCGGGUCAGCUCGGCAGUAUUGGCACUUCGACGGCAGUGAGUCAGGAGCAGGACGAACUAACGCAGAGAUUGGCGCGACUUAGAGAGUAAUGACAAAUUGCUUUAAUGUAUAUUGUGAUUCAGGUGUUUUAUAAAUUAUGUAAUAUAUUCCCAUUACUAUCGUAAGCAUUAUAAUGCCGUAUGGUAAUACAUGUAUUUUCCAAGUCUCAACUCUAAACGAUUGACAGCCCGAGCAAAUAAGGAAGAUUAAGAAAUUCUUAGAUUUCAAGCAGCCAGUUUGUAUGUGACACGCUUUAGGCUUUAAUAGAUACAUAAGAACGUUAUAGGAUACAUUGACUUACUUGUCUAUGAAGCAUUGAAUUUAUAGGCAAUUGGUCUCUUGCUAUUUAUUUCGCAUUUUAAAAUUGUCGAUUUUACAAGACAUUUUCUAUAAAAAUUUAUUAAAAUACAUGAUUAUUUUUAACAUUAAUUACUUCUCCUGAAAUAUAAAAAUAAAAUGAAUUAAUUGAAGUUAAGAUGCGCUCUAACAAUGAACUUACUGAAUUUUUUAUUAAUGUAAUUUGUAACGUCAUCGUAAAGUGCAAUCUCGCGGAAUGCUUUUGCUGUAAAAGUCGGUUGUACAUUAUAUAAAUAGAAAAUAAAUAUUUACCAUUUAUUAGCAUUC